ACAAAUCACAGAAAUGUCGCUUCAAAUCAGUUCAGCCGCGAAAACACUCCUGCACAAGUUUGCGUUGCCAGCGGCAACUUCAGUUGCUCAGUAUCACGAGAAGGUUAUCGAUCACUACGAGAACCCGCGAAAUGUCGGAUCACUUGACAAGAACGAUCCAAGCGUCGGAACAGGAAUCGUCGGCGCUCCAGCUUGUGGAGAUGUCAUGAAAUUGCAGAUUCGAGUCGACGAUAACGGAAAAAUCAUCGAAGCCAAAUUCAAAACAUUCGGAUGUGGAAGUGCAAUUGCCUCAUCUUCCCUGGCAACCGAAUGGAUUAACGGAAAAACUAUCGAUUACGCGUCGAAAAUUAAAAAUGACGAAAUUGCCAAAGAAUUGUGUCUUCCACCAGUCAAACUUCACUGUUCAAUGCUCGCCCAAGACGCCAUUCAAGCCGCUUUGAAGGAUUAUCAGAAGAAGCAGACUAAGAAGGCCUAAGCCUGAAGAAUGUGUAAUAGACAAUUUGUUUUCGUUAUAGAAAUCGCUAUAUAUAAAAGAGCUUUUUUG